AUGCCUUGCUCCGAUCGCGGAAAUUCCUUUCCCCGUCCGCGGAUAUCCCUUGCCCCAAUCGCGGAAAGGUACCCCCUUCUGUUCUUCCUCUCUCCCCGCCUCCUCGCAACAAUCCCUGGCAUCCCCACUCCCACACUUCCGUCCGCCCUCCCUCCCGCUCUGUAUCCCCUUUCUUCCGCCUCUCCCCCAUCCUUCCCCCCUUCCGCUGUGCUGUGCGCGUGCGCGUGCGCGUGCUGUGCUGUCAGCACGUGGCAGACAUGUCAGCUCAGAAGUGCACGUGUGUUCACUUCACUGCCCCUCUCGCCUUUCCUAUUCCUCCCUCUUCCCCUCCCUCCCCCGCUGCCGUGCGUGCAGGGCCCAUGGUGUACGCGGCUGCAUACAGUGCUGCCAGCAGCAGGUCGACUCAAAGGCCCCUCCACUCCCCUCCCCCCUCUUCCCCUCUUUACUUCCUCUGUGCUGGGCGUGCAGGGCCCAUGGUGUAUGCGGUUGCUUACUGCGCUGCCAGCAGCAAGCAGCGAGUGGCAAGGAUGGGCUUUGCUGAGGCCCAGCGGGAGCAGCUGUUUCAGGGCUAUCGGGGGUAAUGGAGUAUACACUCCUACUGCACACACCACUGCUGCUGAUGGUGCUGAACCCCCCUCUCCCCCAUGCCUCUCCCCCACUCUGCCUCGCUCCCACCUCCCCCCGUUUCCCCCUCUUCCACGCUCAGACUCCAAGACCCUGACAGAGGCCAGGCGGGAGCAGCUGUUUCGAGCCAUGGGGGGCCCGGCACACCCCGCGGCACCUAGUGGGGGUGGUGAUGGGGAUGGAAAGGGUGGGAGUGGGCUUGAUGGGAAUGGGAAAGGUGGGGAUGGCAACUCUGCAGAAGUUGGGAGUGGGGCCAGCAGUGACGGUGGAGGAGAACAGGCAGGCAGCGCAGCAGCGGCAGCGGCAGGGGUAGCAGCAGCAGAGGAGGCGAGUGUGAUCGGGUGGGAGGUUGACGUCAUCAGUGCUGCUGCGCUCUCUGCCCAAAUGCUCUCCAAGGAGCGCACGAGUCUGAACGCGAUCGCCUUUGAGUCGACGGCAAAGCUCAUUCAGCGCGUGCUGGACCAAGGAGUCAACAUCAUGGAGGCAUACGUGGAUACGCUGGGCGACCCUCAGAAGCACCAGGAGCGCCUGGAGAAACGCUUUCCCCACGUGAAGUUCAUCGUGGCAAAGAAGGCUGACAGCCUGUUCCCCAUCGUCAGCGCUGCUAGCAUUGCCGCUAAGGUGAGUCGCGAUCGCUGCAUCCAGCAGUGGGCCUUCUCUGAGGAUGCACCGUCGGUCCGCCCCUCACAGCUGCAAAGUCAACCCGGUCAACCCAGUCAGCCGAGUCAACGCAGUCCUCUGAGUCAGCCGGAGGCAGUGUCAGUGCCGGGUGAAGAGCAGGGCUACAGAGAAGACUGUGCAGAUGGAGGGGAGCAGGCAGCUGGAAUCACAGACGCAGCAGCAGCGGUGGGAGGAGAAGCGGAAGCAGAAGAAGCAGAAGAAGCAGAAGAAGCAGAAGAAGCUGAAGAAGCUGAAGAAGCCGGAAGAGGAGCAGCAGCGGCAGGAGAAGCGUUCAAUCUGAAUUUGGGUUCAGGAUACCCCGGAGACCCCGCCACCAAGGCGUGGCUGGCGGGCAGUGUGGACCCGGUCUUUGGCUUCCCCUCCCUCGUGCGCUUCAGCUGGGCCACUGCCAAAACCAUCAUGGACGCCUCUUGCGUGCCUGUGCACUGGGAGGCGGAUGAAGCUGAGGAGGAGGGGCAGGCGUGGGCGGUCAAGCAGUCGAGCCCCGCAGCUUCUGUCCCUGGCUCUGCUCCUUCCAAGCGCAAACGGAAGAAUGUGCGUAUUGAGUCUGUCGCGCAGAAACGGCACUCGUUCUUCCGGGCUCGCAAACUGCAGCUUGUCACAACCAGCUUGUAG